UCAGCCGCAGAAUUACUGAGCACAUUAAUGACAAAGAGCCGUCAACAAGCAAUGGAAACAUUUGUGUUAUACAAGCGAAGAGGCCUCAUAAGAAGAGCUCAGAACUUGAUCGAAAACAUCGAUAACGUCGUUACUUGCAUCAACCUGGAUCGAGGACGAGAUCCUUCCUUGUUCAAGAGUAGCAUGUCGGCGCUAUCCAAACUGAACUUGUGGGAAAACGAGAUCAGAGAGGCAACGAAUGACAAAGAUAUGCCAGACAUCAUAUCAGCUGCGAGGUUUCUCUUGGAAAACCAAGGCUUGCUGAUGGAUGAAAUUGACAAUAGUGACAGAGUAAAGAGACAGUUGCUUCCGACAGAUAUUAUCGCAUAGAUAGUGAUGAAG